UUUGGAUGUUUGAGAAAUUUUCCUCUUCAAUUAUUCUAAACAUUUUAAUUUACUUUUUCAGAUAUUCUUGAUCGUGAUGAAUUGAUGAACGAUUAUGGCGAUGAUGAGUCAAAUAAUGCAGCUGAUAAUUUUAAACAUGUUAUAAAUUCUUCAAAAAUGGUAGUACUACCUACCACCAAUAAUAACGAAAAAAAAAAAAAUGAAACACCAAACCCAGCUAUUGAUACUUCAAAUUAUUCUUACAUACAACAGGAUAUUUCUUCAUCACUAUUGCAGACUGCGAAUAAUGAAAAAUUUCAAAAAACUAUUAUAAACUAUUUGGCAUUUUUAAAAGUAGAGGUAUGCAAGAUAUCUAAUAGACAGGAAGAACUAUUUGAAUUGUUUAAUAACUCGCAAUUUAGUAGAUCUCUGACAGCUGCAGCUGAUGAAAGUAAUUUUGAAAUAGAUUAUUUUGUGUCAAAUUGGCCAAUAUCUGAUAUAAACGGAAUUAAUUAUAUGGAAGACAAAAUGAAAUCAGACAAUUCUUUUCAAAAACUUAUUGUGUGUGAAUUAGCCAGAACUGGUGGAAAAUCAUUGCCAAAUAUGAUAUAUAAAAUUUUGAAAAAGGUGUUUACAGAUAAAGUAUUAACUGAAUAUACUUACUACGGACUAAGAAAUAAAAAUAAUUUUUCAAUUUUAUCUAUAAAUAAAGCAAUAUUUGAGGCUAUCAAAAAGUCAAAGUUCAAAAGCUGCUGUGAUGAUGAGGUAAUUACAGCUAUAGGAAAAUGGCUCACCAGUGCUAAGGGAAGGCUGGAGAAAAAAACCAACAGCUGUAAUAAUAGUUGAUACACUAUUAUUUUUUUUUAUAACAUUUGUUUUUAAUCUUUCUAUGUUAAUUUCAAUUAAUUAUAGGUGCUAUAAUGUACCUAAACAU